CCCUUCCUCACAUUUAACUGUAAGAGUUAUCUCCCAUUUCCCAUAAUGCAACAGGGCAUCAGUAAUGGAUGCCUCCAUUGAAAAAUGUUCUAUCAGUGUUUAUACUUCAAAUUGCUGUUCUUUUUCACCUUUGCAUCCAUCAGAAAAAAAUUUGAUUAGAUUAAAAGACUGUAAGAGAGGUAUUGUAUCACAUCUGUUGAAAAAUGGGAUUCGAUCUGGCAUGAAAGGAGAGGCUGAUGUGUUCAGUGAAGCAGACCUAAUAUGUAAGCGUGUGGGACUUUUCACCGUUGAGGAAACAUUUACGGUAUGUCCCUAUCACAGAGACUUUCUUGGUGUACAUUGGCGCGCCAAGACCACUUGUCAGUAUCCUAACCACCAGGGAAAUGCCAAGCCGUAUCGGAGUUUCAACUCUCUUAUGUCUAAGCGGAUGGUUUCCGAGUUUGGUACUUUAGUGCCUAUAGGUUCUGGAAUAUGCAGAAAAUGUCAUGGAGAUUAUUUGAAGCUUCCUUCAUCAAUUGGAGAGGUUGAAGCUCCCAUGGAAGACAACCACGGCAACGAUGAGACAGAUAUUGCAACCUCUAUCCAAAACCAGCAGUCUACAUGUACUGAUGGUGCUCAGACUGAAACAGAAGGUAAUGAAGAAUGGAGUGGUCGACUCCGUGCAAGAAGGACAGAAACCAUAUAUGAAGUAAGUGUUGAACAAAUUGAAUAUCAUGUGAAUGCUAGAUAUCUGAAGAAAUUUUGUAAUUUUAUAUUGAUCUGUAAAAAGUAUAGACAGUAGUUUAAGGAAAAUCAAACCUGGAAGAAACAAAAUAUUUCAGUCUUUUGAAAAACAAGAUGAUCAUAAUUUGCUAAUGCCCAUUACUCAGUUUAUUUAUGUUUUUAAAAAUUAUUUUUUAAGGUGAAGUGUGUAUACUCUAAAUUCAUUAUUUUAAGGAAUCACUGUCUAGUUAGUGUAGUAUGCCAGGGCAUCAACGAUAGUGGGAAACAUUGAUAAUUUGUAUAACGUUCAAAGCCCGUUUUGCAUAAAUUAUCCCAUGUUUCCCACUAUCGUUGACGUCCCUGGCAUACUAUACUAACUAGACAGUGAUUCCUUAUAUUUCCAUUUCAUUGUGAAACAAAACUAUAGAUUUAGACUUUAAAAAUAUAGACUAAUCGAUUUAAAUUACACGAGGACUCCCAUGCCAAUUUCAAUAGUCCUCGCCCACUGACGUCAAACACAAAGGCAGCCGCACAAGAUUUACAUGCAUAUUUGGCCUCCUUAGCGUCAGACACAUAGUUAGAUGCGCACAGGAUUUGCAUGCAUAUUAGGCCCCCUUAGCUCCUGACCUAUCGACCUGCCUAAUUUACAUUCCGACAGAAUUAUCAAGAAAUAAACUCCCCAAACCUUCAAAGAGUUAUCACAGAGAAAAAAAAUUACAAAUGGAAAUACUGAGUGAUACACUGCCAUGUAGGAUUAAGCUACCAUAAUGCAUAGGGGUAUCAAGUUUUAGCUUACAAUCUUUGUAGUGGAAAAUAUCUUUAUAAAGUUAAAUUUUCUUCUUUGAAACAGUGCUCUA